AUGACUGCUCAAUUCGCUGGCUGGACUGUACGGGUCAGCCUUUGCAAGCCUUCGGGCGAGAUCGUCCGGGGCAAAGUAAAGGAAGUGGACGAGGGAUCACAAUUGAUACUUAGCAAUGAGGAAAAUAGUCAGCCAUUCGAGGAUCCAGCUAUCCUGAGCUACUCCAGGAAGGAUGCUCCAAAGCAGCAGUCGAGUGGACAUGAAAGUCAGGCCAAAUUCUCAAUUUCGGCCGCAGCCCUUCCUCAAAUGGCAUCCUCGCCCGCUGUCAAUGGCACACCACCCGCCGCCAAUGCCAAACAAUUCCCAGAUGUCGAUCCAGCGGCUACGCUUUCUGAACCUUUUUCGCAGACAACACUGGAAACGUCCAGCAACAGAAAUAGGAGGUGGCAGUCGCCGCACGGGCAUAUUUCAUCGACCAAGCCACGGAGAGACUACAAUAGAAAGGGUAUCAAAGCACCGGAACACAGAGGCAGAGAAGGCGAAGACACGGAGGCUACGAGCCCAAUGGAUGAUUCUGCCUCCUGUCAUCGAAGGCCGCCUCCUCAAAAGCUAACGAAGCGUUCUAGGCGGGGAGGAAAAGCCCGUGAAGGUAGGAAUCUUGACAAUCAGAGCGGCUGGGCUACUGGUGAUGCUACGGAUAUUCAAGAGAUGGGAGAUUUUGAUUUCGAGGGCAAUCUAUCAAAGUUCGACAAGCGUAAGCUCUUCGAGCAAAUGAGACAAGAUGACACUACCGCAGACGAAGAAAGACUGCAUACUUUCAACCGUCUCCCGCGUCUGGGUACAGCUGGCGGCAAGAACCUUCAUCAUAGCGAGAUGGUGCUCGACUCUCCAAAGCAAAAGGCAGUAGAACACAGCAGCGCGGAUGAGAACUUUAACGGUAAAGACAGAAGAGGGAGUGACCGCAGCAUACGAAAACCUCUUGCCCGGAAGCAGCACUCGAAGCCUAGCGUUGACGCGCAUAUGGCUGCCUCGGGUUCAUUACCAGAUAUUGGCGAAGUCACACCUCUCUCUCGAACAUCCACCAUAGAUCGGACCAUCUCGCGUCGGGAGUCGACCCGGACUCUGCAGCCGAAACCGUCCUUCAGGCUUGCUGAGACAAAGCGCCCAUGUCCAUGUCUGGGCCCACUUCAAAUGCUCGAGCUCGAACAAUUAUCCAUAUCUUCGUUUGGACUAACAGAAGACAUACUGACAGAAAAUGCCGCUAUUGCUAUCGCAAGCAACGCCCUGAGCAUCCUCCAAUUGAAGCAUACACCCCCAGAAAGUGACGACACUCUAGACACUGACAAACGAAAAACAACCCCGGUGGUCGUCAUAUUAGCCGGCAACAAUCUCACCGGCUCCCGUGCCAUAGCAUCAGCCCGUCAUCUCCGCAACCACCAAACCCGCGUCGUGCUCGUCGUGCUCGGCCUCGGCAUUGAAGACGACCUUCUCGCACCCGUAAAACGCCAACUCGACAUCUUCCGCAAAUGCGACGGUCGACCCAUCAGCUAUGACCGCCUGCAACGCACGCUUUCCGUCCUCAAAGCCCCCGUCGGUCUGAUUGUAGACGCAAUGCUCGGCAUGCACCUCACCUACGACGAUCUCCAAGGUCAAACACAGACAGAAUUUGCCCAGCUGGCCUUAUGGGCGAACUACUACGAGACGUUCUGUAUCUCCAUUGACGUUCCUUCUGGUGUGGACGCCACGACGGGCGCUGUCACGCUCGAUGAAGAGAAUGCAUACGCGGCAAUUAUGUCUGAGCAUGUGCUCUGCCUUGGCGCGCCGAAAUUGGGGCUGUUGACUGAGGCGUUUAGAGAGGCGUAUAGUAAGGCGGAGAUGAAGGUUUGUGUGGCGGAUAUUGGGAUCCCAGCCGCGGCGUGGAAACGGUUUAGGAAACGGGCGCCGUUGGGUGUAGAGUUUGGGGGACAUUGGACUGUUAAGGUUGAGGUGUGUGAGGAUUAG